AUGCUGCUGAAUUGUUCUGGUUCCCCUCCCCUCGCCAGUGUCAAAACAAUUUUAGCGGGAUGCCUUCAACCCCUUUCCCCCCUUCUCCUCGCCCUUCCGCUCCUUCCGCGCGUGCGAUUCUUGUCGCCCUCCCUGCGCACCUCGUUUCGCUCGGGCGCUGCUUCGCACUCAACGGAGAACAUUAGGCGUCGCGACGGGGCGUGCUCCCUCUUUCCCUCUCCCUCUCCCACUCUUUCGUGGUGCUUCCCCUGCGUGAUUGCACCACGCAUCGCGCGGGUCGCGAAGGUCGCGCGGACCGGGCGGCACAUUCGGGGGCGUGAAGGGGGCUGCCGCCUCGACCUCGAGCAGCAGCAGCGCGCGCGUGCAGCGCCGAGCGCCCCACUUGCUGCAGAGGCCCUCGUUGCAAGAACACUCAUUGUGUCACACAGCGCUCCUGCGUCACACAGCGCUCCUGUGUCACACAGCGCUCCUGUGUCACGCCAUACAGCCCGCAUGCCCCGCCCCCUCGCCACCUGCACAGCAGCCGUCUCUCUCCCGCUCGCUCCCCGUGCCUCUCCCACUCUGCACCUCCUGCCAUUUCGCACUGCCCACUCAGUAACCAGCCUUCCCUGCACACACACCCGGCACAAUCAGCACACCCGGCACACCCAGCACACGGGCAGCAGGCAAAGCUCUCGCACGCAGCACACACAGCAGUGCCGCAGCAGCAACCACGCCUUUGUGCCGCCGUCACCAUCAGGUACCGGCGUGCCCCCUUCCAACCACCGAGCACACGAGGGGCGAGUGAGUGCCAUCCGCUCUCCACUGCACACCGUCUGCGCCGCCACGAGCCGACAGGGUGGGGGUAUGGCCGGGACUGCUGCUGACUCUGCAGCAGGUGGGGCUGCAGCAGAGCAGCCAGCUGGGCCAAGCGGUGCGGAGGGUGUAGAGAGGACUGCAGCACAGGGGGUAGCAGAGGGAGGCGCCACAGGCGGGCUGGAGUUUAGUGGGGCAGGGGAUGGGGCACUGCAGGGGAGCGGGGAGGGGCAGGGGCAGGCGCAGGGCGAGGGGGAGGGGGAGGGGGAGGGAGUGGCGGGGGAAGAGGAGGAGGCGUUGGUGCAGCACGUGGUGAUCCGGCGCGACCUGGUGGAGGCGCUGCAGUGGCCGCUGGGGUCCGUCAUCACACAGGGCUGCCAUGCCACUGUGGCCGUGCUGUGGCAGCACCGCCACCACCCCAAUGUGCUCAAGUACUGUGGGCAGCUUGACUCCAUGCGCAAGGUGACACUAGAGGUGAAGGGGGAGACGCAGCUGUUGAAUCUGUCCAAGAAGCUGCAGGAGGCGGGCAUCACUCACCGUGUGUGGAUGGAGCAGCCUGAGAACAUGCCCACGUGCAUCGCCACUCUUCCACACCCCAAGAGCGUUGUCACACCUCACAUGAGGAAGCUCAAGCUGU